UAUAUAACCUUUUUUCUUUGGUAGAUCUUUUCUGAGAGGUUUUCCCUCUUGAGUUGUGCUUAUUUCAGUAGAUUUAAGUACAUGUGUCACUUGUGAUAGUAUAAUCGGGAAUUCUCAUAUAUAAUGUCUAAGUAAUGUAAUCAUAACAUUGCUGAAACUUUCAUUCAUUUAAAUAUGACAGACUGGAGUUAAAGUCAUAACGUGAGUUUCUAUCAUAUGUCGGAUUAAAAUAAUUUAGUUGUUUGGUCAGUUUUGUCUUGAUCUCAUUUGACUGCUUAGACAUUUUUUGACUGACUAAGACAGAUGAAAGAGAAUAUUCUGUUAAGAGUUAAUCAUGAUUCCUUUGAAUAAAACUGCAAUUUUUUUCAUAUCACUGAUAGUCACAUCAACACAGUUUCAGUAGAUGACUAUUUCGUCAUGAGCCUGGAUUUGCCCAAGAUAUCUGCCUGUUGAAACAAAGUUUUUUCUUGCCACCGUAACUUCUGCUGCUUUGCUAAAGUUCUCAUGAUGGAUUAAGCCAGGUCUUUGUAAUAUAGUAAUAAGUAAGGUUUUCUACCUGCUUUUUGUAACAUAACAAUGAGUAAGGUCUUUUUACCUGCUUUUUGUAAAGUGUCUCGAGAGAACUCUUGUUAUGAAUUGGCGCUAUACAAAUAAAGAUUGAUUGAUUGAUUGACAAUUAGCCUUACAAGGACCGGUUUCACUGAAAUGAUAAUGAAACCUUAAGCAUGUCAUUUGAUACUUAAAAAGUAAAAGAAACAGCAACAUACUUUGCUGAAAUAUGGCAUAUUUUGCAUUUGAACACAAGUCUAAGACUUUAUUUAUUUCUGCACACUAAUAAAGUCUCUUUAGAGACUAAAGACACAGAACCAAGACCAUUAUCUCUAACAGUUUAGUAUGUCACAGCCCACAGUUUGAUACUGAAUCGGAUAUCUUUUUGAUUUUAAAUAAUUCUUCCAUAAGAUAUCACAAGUCGCUCCCUUGUUUCUUGGUAGAAAGUAUUGGAGCCAGAUGUGCUUCAAUUUAAAGUAACAAUUCAAAGUUUGCGCAAAUUCUUAGUGACACUUGAAAGACAAUUGAAUAAUUCUGAAGGACAUAAAAGCUGAAAGGGAAACCCUGGUGUACUCUAACCAUUAGUUUAUUCAUUUGGUCAAUAAAGGCAACAUAAACAAAAAAGGCUUUUACAUUUAUGUUGAAAUAUAGAGAAAUACAAUACAAAAGCUAAAAUAGAUUUUGCCUGUAUGUGUGUGUGUAUGGGACAUGGCUGAGUUUGUUCUGGCAGUGUGUUUAUAUGCGUAUAUAUAUAUAUAUAUAUAUAUAUAUAUAUAUAUCUAUAAUAGUACAAAUGUUACAGACUGCAUUUUAGCUGAACACAAAACUUUUCCAAAGUGGCCCUCAGCCUCCAGUAUGUUGGCUGCAGCAUGCUGUUUUCCCGCAGAUUGUCUUAUCAGGGCUCGGCAAUACUGCAACCCGGGACCGCUGAUGGGAGGAGUUAACGCAAGUAAACUGAAUCCUUCAUGUGUUCCAAAAGAACAUACACAACAACUGCACAGUUGUUUAUUCAGCACCUGCAGGAAUACAGAUAUGUUAUAUACAGUUUGUAUGUGUGUUUGAAGACAUGAUGGGGUCUUAGAGAAAAGGUAGGUUCCAUUAACCCACUGCUCUGUGUCCCACCAGGUGGAUCCUUAGCUGCAAGCAUCUGGCCUGAAUGUGUUCAACGGCCAACUGUGUUCUCCCACUAAGGAGAACCUUUGAGGCAUUAACCACUCCAGGCAGGCUGUGUGUGGGGGGGUCCAUGUCAACUCAUUUAUCUGGAGCCAGGUCUCAUGGAGCACCUCAGGAUACAGAGAUGGAUGUGGCCUGGCAGGAGCUGAUGGCCAUCACAGAGCUGCAGUUUGAUGUCCCUGGUGAAGCCCAUGAAACAACACAAUACCAGAGCAUGGAGUCAAUAGCAGCCCAUAUGGGAGCAUAUGGGAUGGCCCAUUCCCAAUAUCAGCCCCCCUCUCCUCCUGCCUGUGAUCUCAGCACCGCCAACACAUUUGAUGGAUGUUACUCUAUAGAGGCAUCUGCCAGUCAUCAAUUAAGUGGCAACGCAGAGGCCAUGUACACACACUCUGAACCUCAGCUAAAUCAGCGCAUGUUCCCAGUCUCUUCUCACACUCAGCCCUCUCUCAUGACUCCAAGGGAAGACCUGAACAUUCCGGGUACCAGUCAGCACAGAAGGUCCAAUGCGGGUCUGUCUCAGGGACGGCACAUGCUGUGGACCGCACACGGACAAAGUUUGCACGCUCACCCAGCUGAUGACCUAGAGUCAGACUCUGGCCUGUCGUUGGGUUCUAGUCCACCUUUGGCCUCCCCAGAUAACCCUGUAAGUGGUGCACCAGGGUACCAGAGUGUAGAUAUGAACAUGACAUAUAGUGAUGGUGAACCAGAUAGCAUGACUGGGCACACCAGAGGAGUACAAAUGCAUUAUUCAAUGGACUAUCAGAAUCAAACACACUCCUAUUUACACUCAGGUGCACAUCCAUCUUAUUUUCAAACCCAUACUGCUUAUUCUCACUCUCAACCUAAUGCCAUGGCUCCCUGGUCAGUGAAACAGCAGAGCCAGCCCACUGCCCUUGGAGAUUACACUGACUCUGGAGUCACCAGCAGAUGGAGCUCACAGCAUAACCUGUACACCAAACAACCAGGAAGCACAUUAACUCCUGCUCCAUUGAGCAGAGAUGAGCGGCGAGCUGUGGCCUUGAAGAUCCCCAUGCCGAUGGACAGGAUUAUCAAUCUACCUGUGGAUGACUUCAAUGAGCUCCUGACACAGUACACUCUCACAGAUACUCAACUAGCACUGGUCAGGGACAUAAGACGCAGAGGGAAAAACAAGGUGGCCGCCCAAAACUGCAGAAAAAGGAAACUCGAAAGCAUCUUUCACCUUGAAAGAGAACUGAACCAGCUGCAGACUCAAAGAGAACACCUGGCACAGGAAAGACAGGAGUUUAAGCGCAGCUUGGCUUUUAUUAAAUGUCGCCUGGCAGACCUCUAUACUGAAGUCUUCUCUCACUUAAGAGAUGAGGAUGGACAACCAUACUCCGUGGAUGAAUACUCCCUACAACAGACACCAGAUGGUAAAAUUUAUUUGGUACCGCACACAUCUAUGCACAAAAGAGACAAUUGCUGAGAACUGGGAGUAUGUUUAAUGUUUGUUAUGCAAGACAUAUAGCAUAAUGCAUUUCUGUGCUAUUUGGGUAAAUCAACUGGCUGAAUUUUUGUAUGUGCUUAUGACAUUUUAAAACACAAAGACUGCAAUAACAUUGGCACAACAACAAAAGACAAACCAAGCAAGGGGUUUAAUGAAAAUAUACUUUAUUUCAAAAUAAAUAAAGACCGCACAGCAGUCAACUUCUGUCGUUUUAAAAUCUUCAUUACCAGCAUGAUUGUUUGGAAACCCUGUGAAAACAGACGUGGUUAGAUCAUUCAUAAUGAAAUAGUAAAUUGUUGUGUUCCAAGUUUUAAGAUCUGUACCUUAAGCCAUUGUCACAGAAAUGAAGUCAGGUUCCUGGGAAAACAUUUGGAGCUCCCUAGAAAGGAGAAACAAAUAAGUAAAAGAGCAAUAUAGUGCCUUCAUUAUAACAGCAUGCAAUUACAUUGUACCACUAUGCAAAAUUAGUUGGCCGAUUAUACCAGUCAACACUGUUCCAAGUCAUAAUAAAACUUGUUUCCAAAUGA